UCCAAUGGCGAGGCGCUUUCUAAAGCCACAGCACCGCUCAAUUCAUCCAUAGCGACCAUGGUGGACGAGCUGCUGGACAAUAUGCAGCUUCACUGACAUUUCAGCUUUUAUAAUGAAAUGAAAAAUGUAAUUUAGUUUGAUCUUAUUUGUGUACGAUUGUCAUGUAGCAGAGGCCGCAGUGCUGGAUUGGAGUCUGUUGCUAGGCGGACAGGAGAAAGCCUCUUUUACAGUUAUUACAUUGUAACAGGGAGGAGUGUUAAAGCCUCACAUCGGAUAAAAUACCGAAUUGUGGAUUUUUCACAUCUGGAGAAUGGAUGCAGAUGGAGGGGAUGGAGGCCUCGAGAUUAAAAUUGUUUCACCGGAACUUUACGACUCGGCCCGGGCAAAAAUCGACGCCAACCUACGCUGGCUCUUUGCCAAAGCUUAUGGAGAAGAUCAUGUCCCGGAUGAUUUGAGAGACCCAUUCUAUGUGGAUCAGUAUGGCGUGGAGCACAUUAAGCCUCCUGUGCUGGAGCUGCUGCUCUCAGCUGAGCUCUACUCCCGUGUGUGUUCCUUCCUCUCGCUGGGCGAGCAGUCCACCACACGGCACACACACCACUCGGUCCUGCAGAUGCUCGCCCGUCAGUCCAUCCACGUCCUGGAGCCUGAUGGCACGCCGGUUACACACCGUGAUCUUAUCUCCGCCCCCAUCAGGAUGAGCUCCCACAUCCCUCUGAUUGAUGCUUUGAUGCUGGCUUGUACGAUGGAGAUGAUGAGUGUAGAGCAGGUGGUGUCAUCUCUUAAACGCUUCUCCACCCUUUCCCCCACCAAAGAGCUGCAGCGGCCCUGCCACCUGGAGGAAGCCAUGCUUCUCUGGAUCAACAAGGUUAUUUCAAGAACCAGGGAGAUCUGCGAGAAGGAGUUCAAACUGAAACAACAAUUAAUGGACUCACCAUGUCAUCAAAAGUCUCCCUCCAAAUGGUACUGGAAGCUCGUGCCUGUACGUUACCGUAGAGACCACGUGUCCAGCCGUAUUCUCCCUCACCUGCCAGUGGUGGAGGAUCUGAUGAAAGACCUAAGUGAUGGUGCUGCCUUGCUGACCAUCAUCCAUUACUACUGCCCUGAAUACAUGAGAAUAGAGGAUAUCUGCUUGAAGGAAGUUUUGUCGCUCUCUGACAGUGUGUAUAAUAUUCAGCUCCUAAGCGAGUUUUCCAAUGAGUAUCUGAACCGCUGUUUGUAUCUACGGACUGAAGACUUGCUAUAUACUCCAGCAGUGUUAAAGCACAAUGUGAUGGUUUACAUAGCAGAGCUGUUUUGGUGGUUUGAGGUGAUGAGACCAGACUUUGUGAAACCCAAAGAUCUACAAGAUAUCAAAGAAGUGAGAGCCUUGGCGCAGCCAAAGAGCUCCCGCUCCCACAUGGCUGUUUCAAACUUUGCAAAGCGUAACUUCUUAAGCUCCUCCCCCUCAGUGGACUCCUUGGCGACGGGCGCUGUUAAUGACACCUGUAUCAGGUAUUACCGCCCUCUGGAGGAAUCACCAUCUGUUAACAAAGCAAGCGCCACCUACUCGCUCCUUUCGCUGAAACAGAGACAACAGAAUCCCAUCCAGGGGGAGGACACUGCUGAGUUCAGGAACAGGUCUAGUUCACUCUCACACAUGGAUGGACACAAUCCUGGAUCCCGGCUGGCCUGGAUGGAGAGAAGACACAGACCAAUUUCUCAGCUGGAGAUGGAGUGGGAGCGAGUGGGUGGUGACAACAUCAGCUUAGCACGCUCCAUCAGCAAAGACAGUUUAGCUUCCAAUGUCAUCUCUGUUACUCCUUGUCACCAUGUCAACGGUCAGCCUACCCCAGACACAACAUACAACAAUGACAGUGAGGAAAAGGAGGAGGAGCUUGUGGCCAUUAUAGGACCAGGUGGGGUGGCUGGGUUCAGAGAGCCCCAGCCAGAGAGCUUCUUCCUGGAGCCUCUGCAGCCGGCUGUUUUACGACCUAAUAAAGAGAAAGUCACAGUGGUCAGUAAACGUGAAGAAAGUGGCGAGGGGCAAAUUCAAAGACGAAGAGGAGUACAUUCACCUAUAGACCACACAAUAAUAAACCAAAGUUUCAUGACUGUUGACACUGUGGAACCAGAAAAUAUAAACUCUGUGCCAUCUGCUGGUUUCUUUCUACAUGGAAACCGUGAGCUGCCCAGACACAGUAAACAUGAGUGGGUGGGUGGAGCCUCAGACUCAGAUAUUGAGGAUGAAGAUGAUAUAGAAGAGGAAGAUGAUAUAGAAGAGAAAGAGCCUGGAAGCACUCUUAAGUGUCCAGGUCACAGACAAGAAGAAGAUGAAUCAGCAAAGUUGUGCGAGGAUGUGCGAGUGUCUGAGCACGGAGACAAACAUUGCACCAGUGGACGAUGUAGCCCAUGUCCAAGCUCAUUUUCGCAAGCUAGUAGCACCUCUAGCCGUUUGACCAGCUUCGCAGAACGAAGAUUGUUUCGCGGCGCUGUGCAUGAUGGUUACAGCAGUGCUAGCAGCUCACAUGCUACAACUCCAGAUGGCUCUGAGAGUGGCACCGUGAGUCCUGAUGUAAAAGGUGUGGCCUCAGACCUUGUCCACCUGCGACUGCAGCUAGAGGAUAAGCGGCGUGCCAUCGAGGCUCAAAAAAAGAAGAUGGAGGUGUUGGCCGCACGGCAGAGGCUUCAGCUGGGCAAAGCAGCUUUCCUUAAUGUGGUUAAGAAGGGGCGCAGCGAUACACUGCCACAUCCUGUCAAACAGGAAUUAGUUGCACUGAAAGAGAAAGAGCUGACAAAGGAUGACACGUGCAUGCAGGUUUUGAAGGCCAAGAGCAAGGAAAUUGAGCAAAACCUGGAUAAAGAGUCAAUAAAACUGUGGGAAGAUUCAGCUUCACCUGCAGCCACUGCCGCAUUAAAGGGGGUUAAACACAUGGGCGAAGGGGGGGAUGAGGAGGAUGUGUGUGAAGACUUAGAUCUGGGCGAUUGUAGCCGCUCAAUUGAGCUCUUGAACGACGCAAUCGGUGUAAUCCAGCAGCAGAUGAUGCAACUGUCUGUCCAGCAGGAGCUGCUCAUGAAACAAACCCUGAAGUCUCCAUCGCAGGAAUACGUAAUGAAACCUCAAUCUCCUGAGGCUAAGCCUCAACCCACAAUGCAGUUCUUAGAGAUGGCUACUGCCACGCGACGACCUCCAAAGUUAAGUUCGUCUCGAAGCAUUCGAAACAAACCUUCAGAGCUUAAGCUGAGCAAGGAGAAUAGCACUCGCCCAAGUUCAAAAGUCAGUGCCCGAACACCAACUACUGAUUCCCGGACACCUCCGGACUGCAGGACGCCCCGAGCAGAGAACAACGAAGAGGAUGUGGUCAAAGCAACCGGACGCACCCCUGGCAGAGGCGUGGCACGAAAUACCACAUUCCGUCUCCAUGACUCUGGAAACCAAAAGUCUGGGGGUCCAGAGUUGCCCAAAUUAGAAUCGCCAGGAGUGGAAGAGCAAAGUGGUUCUGUGAAGGAAGCUAUUGUGGAUCAGAGUGAAGAGAAGAAAGCCCAGUUGAUUGAAGUGGACCUGUCUGACCUGACUGAUGCACCUGACUCUGCUGAGCAAAAAUCAGGACUGGGCUUUUUCUUCAAGGACGAUCAGAAAGCAGCGGAUGAGCUGGCUAAGAAGCGUGCUGCCUUUUUGCUAAAGCAGCAGAAGAAGGCUGAGGAGGCACGUCUUCGAAAGCAGCAGCUGGAGGCAGAGUCCGAGCUCAAACGAGAUGAAGCCAGGCGUAAGGCAGAGGAGGACCGUAUGCGUAAAGAGGAGGAAAAGGCACGCAGGGAGCUCAUCAAGCAGGAAUAUCUGCGUAGAAAACAACAGGAACUGAUGGAAGAACAGGGAGUGGCCAAGCCCCGACCCCACCGCAGGCGGCCCCGCCCCAAAUCACUCCACCGUGGCCAAUCUGGCACCACCACCCCUGUAAGUUUAUGUGCUGCUCCCUCUGGCUCCUCUCUUUCUUUGGCGUCUGCUGCUACCGAAGCAGACAGCGUUACCUCCGGUGGGGGUUCACAGAGAGGUGCUGGCGAAUCCGUGGAGUCAUUUCCUAUACUAAGCCGUAAUGCUAGCAGGAACAUGGAGAGAGACUGGGACAACGGUUCAACAGCUUCUUCCAUCACUUCCACAGCAGAAUAUAGCGGCCUGAGGUUGUUUAAGGAGCCCAGCGCUAAGUCCAAUAAGCUGAUCAUCCAGAAUGCCAUUGCUCACUGCUGUCUGGCUGGCAAGGUCAAUGAAGCCCAGAAGAAUGCUGUGUUAGAGGAAAUCGAGCGCUGUGAGGCCAAUCACCUGAUGAUCCUGUUCCGUGAUGGCGGCUGUCAGUUCCGGGCACUUUACUCGUUCAUGCCUGACACCGAGGAGCUGACGAAGCUGUCGGGGAAUGGCCCACGUGCCAUAACUCGCAAAAUGAUCGACACGCUGUUCAAAUACAGCUCGGACCGCAAGCAGUUUACCAUCAUCCCGGCCAAGACGGUCUCAGCCAGUGUGGAUGCCAUCACCAUUCACAACCACCUGUGGCAGCUGAAAAGACACAGCUCAUCCAAGAGGAAAUGA